CCUUGUGAAAUCAUUUCGUUUUUAUACUAUGAAAUAUUAUGAAUAUUUGAAGUGAAAUAUCGUUAGAGUAGCGGCAAAUGUUGCGUUUUGUACAAGGCAUUCGACUUAGCAACAGUCAAACGGUGACAGAAUUAUCAGUGCUUACCGCUGAGAUUUAUCGUCAUUGUUUCGCCGAGUUGGCCAAAAGCGACAUCCAUCGGCUGAAUGGCGAACAAUCGUUGAAAUUGCUGCACAGCUUCGAUGCACAGCCGAGCAAUCAAUCGGAGUGGAUAGCGCCCACAGUGGAUGAUGUGUGGAUCUUUGGCUAUGGAUCGCUGGUGUGGAAAGCGGACUUCCCCUAUAUAGAUCGAAGAAGAGGCUUCGUUUGUGGCUAUAAACGACGUUUCUAUCAGCACAGCAUCGAUCAUCGUGGCAUUCCAGAGAAACCAGGACGAGUAGUUACUUUAUUACCCGGAAAUCCAGAGACGGAUCGUGUUUAUGGUGUCGCCUAUCGCAUAGCAGCGUUACAAAAGUCCCAGGUGCUGGAUCAUCUGGAUUAUCGCGAAAAGAAUGGCUAUGAUCGUGUGAAUUUGGAGUUUCAUGAAUAUCCGACGGCCACGAUACCCAUUAAAGUUAUCAUGUACAUGGCAUCGCAGGCAAACGAUUCCUAUGCCGGAGAUGUGUGGCAAGUGUCAUCGAUAGCCAGACAAAUCUUCACCUCAGCGGGUCCCAGUGGUCCCAAUCGCGAGUAUCUAUUCAAUCUAUCGAUUGCAAUGCGUCAGCUAUUUCCCGAUGCUAUCGAUGAGCAUCUCACGGAGCUGGUGGAUUGUGUUCAGCGUUACAUUGAGCACGAUGAGCCCACGUUACUGGAGCGUGCCUUGAGUGCAGAGAUCAACCAAAUAUUGAGGGAGUGCAUUGCUUAUAAUCCUCCCCAGCAGCACGAGGAGAUUGCCCGACGCCUGGAGGCGUUACGUGUACGCUUUGAACGUCCGGGUUGGCGUGAAACAUAUCUGCAACAGGAAUUGCCACCUGAGCGCUCUUGACCGCACGCAAAUCGGGCGAUUUAUUUAUUUAGACUAGCUUGUUCCCCUAUGUUCAUUCCUUAGUAAAAUAUAGCAACGAUUAUAUACAAAAAUUUCGAAA